UUUCCGGAAGCAGCCUUCCGUGCUCGGUCCCUCUACUGUACAGCUCGAGUUUGAUCGAGAUUUCUGCACGUUUGAUUGGUGGAGUGAGAGUGUUGGUCUCCGCUGAUUGGUGCCGGCGUCCCAUAGACGCCGCGGGGCUCACAAUUUCUGUCGUCUGUUUCCCGCCGGCCGUAGGUCUCGCACCGCAAUCAUGGUGGACGUCAUGGAGUUGCCCAGGUCGCGCAUCAACGCUAGCAUGCUGGCUCGGUUCAUCGACCAGCCGGUCUGCUUCGUAGGGAGGCUGGAAAAGAUUCAUCCCACUGGAAAAAUGUUUAUUCUUUCAGAUGGAGAAGGAAAAAAUGGAACCAUUGAGUUGAUGGAGCCUCUUGAUGAAGAAAUCUCUGGAAUUGUGGAAGUAGUUGGAAGAGUAACAGCCAAAGCAACCAUUCUGUGUGCAUCUUAUGUCCAGUUUAAAGAAGAUAACCAUCCUUUUGAUCUUGGACUUUACAAUGAAGCUGUGAAAAUUACCCAGGAAUUUCCUCAGUUUUUUCCUUUGGGAGUUGUGGAGUAUGAUUGAUCUUGAUGAACACGCUGACGACUGUUAAAAGAAGCCCCUGAUAUCUGAGGAUGAGAUUUCUGUGAUUUUUAAUAGUUAAUUUGUUCUCUUUUUAAUUUCACUUACCUAACUGUAUUUAGAUAUUGCAAUAUCUCACUUUUGACGGAACCUAUCUGUAUAUUGACAGUUCUCCUUUAAGUCCUCGUAAAGACUCACUUCUCUGGUUAUGUGUGGUCAGGUCAAAUGCAGUUGCCUCGAGUUUAGUUUUCUGUUUUAUUAAUAAAAGCUGAAAUGGUA